AUGAAGUCAAAUUUGCUUAUGAACUGUUUUGGGCGCGAUCAGACGGAUUUAAAAGGCACAGGCUAUUUCUAUGACUCUUUGCGAGAAUGUGAAAUUCAUUUCGAGGAGAUUCUUAAGAACAACCCCGGCCUAGAACGGCAAUUUGAAGACAAGAAGCCCAGAUCCAAAGGAGACAGCGUUUAUGACGGUAUCAAGAGCACAACCAUCAAGAGAACCCAUGAUCAGACCAGUAGAGGCUCAGACAAGGUCACCUUUUGUGAAUGCUCUGGGUCAGAAUGCACAAACCUCAGCGAGGAUGACCGCUCGCAGAUUGGAGGCUCUGAUGAAUCAAGGAAUUCUUCUGAUGAUACCAGUGAAUUCUCGGAACAAGAUCGAGAACCAUACAGUCAGAACCGACUGUCGAAAGUGACCGGAUUACUAGCCAAGGAUUCACUGCCAGCUGGAUUAGACAGGAACAAGGAUUACAUAGAUAUGGAUUGUGACACCGAGCAUUCUGAAUGGGAAGGACACAGUCAUCCUAACACCGAUCCUCCGUCGACCAAGAGCACAAAUACCAACAAGAUCGUUGAUCAAACUUGGGAAGGCGGCGAACUUGCCUUGCGAAACCCUCAAAAGUCACAAAACACGAAGUUCCUUGAAGAGGACAUUUCUCAGACUGAAGACUCUAAUGCUAUCCCUCGCAAGUUACAAAACAAGAACUUGGGGAGUAAGAACUUGGAUGGAUCAAGAGAAUAUCCUGAUGAGACCAGCAAAACCUUGGGGCAAGAUCGAGUUCCACGCAGUCGAGACAAACAGUGGACAGCAUUCGAACUGCCAGCCCAGCAUGCGCUGCUAGCCAGAUCAAAGAGCAUUCAUACUCGAUCGAUCCCUGAGCAAUUGAAGCACUCGGUCGUUGUUGACGGACGAACCAUUAUCCUCGACUCGCACAACAUAUUGGAUUCCUACAGUUCUAAGCUAGAGUUCCUACGAAAGUCUGAUCAUCCUGUUGAAGUCUGUUAUCUCCAGAAACACAAGUGA